AGUUCCGGGUAAAAGGAGAAUGAUUCGGGCGAACCGGAAUUGAAUUGCUGGGUGAUCUGUACACGUGGACGGCAGAGAUGCAAUUCCAAGCUUCCUUCUUCUUUCCCCUUGACGUUUGUAUUGCCAAUUUAAACGCAACUUCAGGUCUGCGUUGUUACUUCCCUUGCGUUUUCGUUUUAAUCGCACUGUUCCCAUUUCACGAAAAAAGAAGAAACGCCACAAAAAUGGUGAAGGAUCGGAAGAUCGGAGUGGCUCUGGAUUUCUCCCGCAGCAGCAAGAAUGCUCUGAGAUGGGCCAUCGAUAAUUUGGCAGACAAAGGCGACACUCUCUUCAUCAUCUACGUUAACCCUAAUUCAGUAACCGAAUCCCCCCAUCAGCUCUGGGCUGAAUCUGGUUCUCCUCUGAUUCCCUUAUCGGAAUUCAGACAGCCUGAUGUUUUGAAGAGCUAUGAUGUCAAAGUCGACAUCGAAGCCCUCGAUAUCCUCGACACUGGCGCUAGACAGAAAGAGAUUCAAGUUGUGUCGAAGCUGUACUGGGGAGAUGCGAGGGAGAAGAUUGUGGAUGCAAUCGAAGAUCUGAAGCUGGAGUGUCUGGUAAUGGGAAGCAGAGGACAGAGUACCAUUCGAAGGAUUCUGCUUGGGAGUGUUAGCAACUAUGUGAUUACUCAUGCUCCUUGCCCUGUUACAGUGGUGAAGGAUUCAAAAUUUGAGCAUAAUUAAGGCGUGAAAUUGGUGAAAGGAGGCGGGUUUUGUUGUUUGAUGUCGUUAAGAGCAUGCCCAAACUCCUGAAGUUGUAGAAAAUGCUCCUCUCCUUGCGCUCUUUAUAUGUAAUAAUUGCCCCUACCCACACCCACACCCACACCCACACCCAUCUGAGAUUUUCUCAGCGCCCUGUUUAUGUUUCUUUUCUGAAAACAUUAUUAUUAUUAUUACAAUGAUGCUUUGUAAGAACUAAACUACUACGUUUCGUUUCCUU